AUUUUAAAUUGACACAAUUAUUUUGAACUGACAUCAUGUGAUACAGUAACAUUGAUGAUGUGGAUAAGACCAUGGAUGAAAUAAACGAGCAGACCGAAAACAUGAAACAGAUUCAAGAAGCAUUGGCUACACCCAUUGGUGCAGCGGCCGAUUUUGAUGAGGAUGAGUUGGAAGCAGAGCUUGAAGAAUUGGAAGGUGCCGAGUUGGAGGAACAGCUUCUUCAACCUGCCACAACGGCCCCUGCAGCCCCAGUGCAAGCACCGGCAGGCAGGAUACCAGCUCGUGCUGCUCCUCAGAAGCGCACCGCCGAGGAAGACGAACUUGCUGCAUUACAGGCAGAAAUGGCACUUUGAACAGGUUGUUUUUCUUUUGUCUUUUUACCUGUAAUUUGAUCGAUUGUUGUGCCAAUGUUGUGUCAAUGUUGUGUCAGUUGACUGAUUGGUGAGCUGUAAGUCAUCCAGUCAUUGGAAUCUCUCUCCACCUAGAGCUGUAGACUCUGAUUAUAUUGUGUAUAUUAUGAGGCCAUCAUUUGCUUUAGAACAUCUGCACACUUCUAUACUGAUGAUAAUAUAUUGUUGUAUUGAAGUAGAAUGAAAUUGUUGUUAAUUCU